AUGUUGACCGAUGAACAAUCCGGUCGCAAUCGGCUUCCGCCGAUCCUGACCUCUCCUCCCCCGCCCAAGAGACACAAGUCCGAAUCCACGUCGGCGGGUGAUGCUGGUCGCUCAUCACGAUACUACCAUGCUAGCUCGGUCCCAUCCAGUGACCGAUACUACUCAUCCUCCAUUCCAACCAGCGAUCGGUAUCAGCCGGUCUCUGUCCCUCCGCACGACCGCUAUCAAUCCGGGUCAAUACCGCCUACGGACCGCUACCAUUGCUCUCCCGUAUCCGCGGGUGAUCGUCGGCCGCGCCAGACGUCGACCGCCAUGGAUAUCUACACAAUUACGGAUCGAAAUCCGGUCGACAAAGAUGGCGACCGAAGGACGGGGCGAUUUCUCAGCAAUGGAUCGGUCGCGUCCCAAAGGUCGCAAGCUUCUCGCGCCUCCGAAUCGUCACCACCCGUCAUCAUCUCCAAUCGCAAAAUCCCAGAGAGGUACCCCCCGUACAAAGAAAACAAUCGUCUCUACCACUCCUAUCGCAAAGGCACCUAUAUGUUACCGUGCGACGACGAGGAACAAGACCGUCUCGACAUCUUCCACAAGCUCUUUACAGUUGCCCGUGUGUCGGAUGGCCUCAUCUACGCGCCGCACCCAAAAAACUCACGCAUUCUGGAUCUGGGUUGCGGCACUGGAAUCUGGAGCAUCGAGGUGGCCAAUAAGUAUCCGGAUUCUUUCGUGGUAGGCGUGGACCUCGCCCCAAUUCAACCGCAAAACCAUCCUUCGAAUUGCGACUUUUACGCCCCCUUCGACUUUGAGAGCCCCUGGGCCCUGGGGGAGGACUCCUGGGAUUUGAUCCAUAUGCAGAUGGGGAGUGGUAGUGUGGCUAGCUGGCCCAGCCUUUACCGACGCAUCUUCUCGCAUCUGCGGCCGGGGGCCUGGUUUGAACAGGUCGAGAUCGAUUUUGAACCACGCUGCGAUGAUCGUUCACUCAGCAAUCUGGCUCUCCGCCACUGGUACACCGCUCUGAAGCGGGCCACGGAGUCCACGAUGCGUCCCCUGGCGCAUAGUUCGCGGGAAACAAUUCGGAAUUUGCAGGAGGCCGGGUUUACGGAGAUUGAUCAUCAAAUGGUCGGACUCCCUCUGAACCCCUGGCACAGCGACGAACACGAGCGCAAAGUGGCCAGCUGGUAUAAUCUGGCAAUCUCGGAAAGCGUCGAAACGCUGAGUCUUGCUCCGUUCAGCCGAGUGUACAACUGGCCCCUCGAGAAGAUCAAGCGUCUUGCGACGGAUGUCAAGACUGAAGCCUUCAACAAAGAUCUGCACUGUUACAACAUUUUGCAUAUUUAUCAGGCUCGCAAACCAAGCGCUGCUUAG